AUGUGUCGCGGACAUACUCCCAUAUUUCCCACAAACGGCUCUUCAAGGAAGUCCAAAACCUAUCCCAAGGAACAAAAUAGACAGCACUGUAAGCAGCAAGUCCUACCACACCUCCUGCGGCACAAGCACCUCCCACGCCAUGGACCAAUCUCCUGGCCCAACUUCGGGACUGAGGCAUUCGCUUCUGGACCUGAAUGGCCUUCGGCACCAAUGGAGACAACAUACAUGCCACAGAAUCCAUGGACCGGGGCCCUCCCUCAAUGGAUGCCGGAAGAACUAUCUCGGAUGACCAUCAACGAACCAUCACUUCAGCUACCACACACCCUCGAGCCGCCCGAUAUUAUGGAUUUAGACUAUCAGAAUCCGAUGCAAGCUCACUCAUCAGGCACCACUUAUCCUUUCUUCACGGUCGGCGAUGGUGUCGAGUUUGAAGGGGUAGUGUCUCAACCCACGCCACGCAUUCCAAGUUUGACUUGCACUGUACAGAACCCUCAACCGAUUCCGCAAUCGGAGAUUCCAAGAAGAUCUGCCCAACAGAAUCCAGGCGUGUCUUCAUAUUCUGACGAGGCUUGGGAGGCUAUUCGGCCGAUCUUUCGAGACUUGUUUAUCACCCAGAGGUGUACCUUGCCGCAGACCAGCAUGAUACGCGAGUUGGUUCAUCAUUUCACAGCCACGAAGAAGAGACACUGGCCAGAUUGCGUGAAGAACAAAACCACUGCCACGGGGACCAACUCCCAAAUCCUCAGUCAUCAGGUUCCAGGGAGUUCUCAAUCGCAAACGAGGCCCAAGAAGGCCAUUUCUACUCUGAUUCGGAAGCACGACGCCAUUCCCAACCCGACGGAUGAAACGCCUGUCGCUUUAAACCGGCCAGAAAGAGCAGAUACAUUGAAGGCGAUCAUUGGCAAUCUACUUCACGACAAGGUCUUUAAUAAGGCACAAGACCCCGCAAGAUUCUCUAGUCCAAACCAGUUGUCAUUGAUAUGGGACAUAUGCCGUAUCCUGCAAGGCCUUUGUCUUCAGUUGAGACACCGUGAUACCUCGUAUGUGGAGAGCUUUAUCCACUCUCUGCAAGAUAUUUCUAGUGUCGCUGGUAAAACCCACCAUGUUGGGAUGACCGCGCUUUUGGAAAGUCUGCUGGGGAUCUCACCUUGUGAUCUCCAGGACACAAUGCGUAUUAGCUUCCUCUGCACCGCCCGAGCAUUGUCAAGCAGGCUUGGCCCCGCCACCCAGCAGUCCUGGAAUCUUGGACGUCAUAUGCUCGGUCUUGAAGAAACUGAGCAAAAGUUUGGUCUUUGUCAUGACUACACCAUCAAUCUGUUGCGCAACUAUGCCUCCGCAGCUCACUAUAUUUUCCAUGACAAUGAACUUGCCAGAGAUCUUGCCAAGAGACUCUGGGAACGCACGUGGAGUGCCUAUGGUAACGACGAAACAACGUUAUCAUGGUCCGUCAAGGCCCAGGGGAUGGCCGAAGCCGCCAAGAUGCGCGCCUUGCUCUGCUGCAUCAACCACGAGAACAAACGCAAGAGUAACGGUGAGAUGAAAAGGUUUAGGCGUAAGAUGAAGUUGAAAGGACGCAAGGCACGGAGGAGGUUCCGGGCUACGCUGGAGUCUCCACCAGAUCCUCGGAAUGCAAAACAGGCUAUCGAUUACCUCGAGAAGACGGUUGGGAGACUAGAUUCGAGUGAGUGGGAUUGUAAAUUUGUCAAAGCAGGGCUGCUAGACAUUUUGGGAGGAUUGAAACUUGAGUUCUGUCCUAAGGAGGUGCAGGGCGCUGCCAAAUCUCAUCGUGAGGAAGGCAAAGGGAUUCGCCUUGAAAUAGCAACAAACGAGUUGAGGGUUGGCACAAUGGAUAUAUAG